AUGUCUUACGAUUUUAUGUUAGAGUAUAUACCUACGAGGGAAUUCGGGGCUGCAGAUAUACUAUCGCGUCUCACCAGAAACACAACAAGGCCUAACGAAGAUACGAUCAUCGCUUGCUGUCAACUAGAGCGUGAAGUGAAACAAAGUGCAGUCGAAGCCUUAGAGAAUUUACCAGUAACGUUCCAGAUGAUCCAAAAUGCAACGUUGAAGGACAAAGUUUUACAAGAAGUCAUCUCAUACUUGAAGAAUGGUAAGUGGCCGAAUACGAUAACCGACGAUUUACGCAGCUAUUAUAUACAUAGAGACGCUUUGGGUAUAGUCGAAAAUUGCAUUAUGCUCAAAGAUCGAUUGGUUAUACCUUACUGUUUCCACAAACGUAUCUUACAACAAUUGCAUAAAGGUCAUCAAGGAAUCGAGCGAACAAAAUCACUAUCUCGGAGUUACGUAUACUGGCCGGGACUGGAUGAAGAGAUUAAGCGAUUUGUUCAAGGAUGUGGGAAAUGCGCUGCUGUUGCAAAGACGUUGCCGAAAACGACUCUUUCUUCAUGGCCUAUAGCAGAACAUCCAAUGCAACGCGUUCAUAUCGACAUUGCUGGUCCGGUAAAUGGCAUUUACUACUUUUUAAUCAUCGACGCAUAUUCAAAGUGGCCGCAAAUAUACCAAGUUAAUUCAAUAACUUCUGCAAGCAUUUUAAAUUGUAUUGCUGAUUUCACGUCACAAUUUGGGAACCCAGAGCUAAUAGUUAGCGAUAAUGGAACCCAAUUUUCGAGUAAAACUUACUCAGAUUUCUGCAAAAGCCAAGGUAUUAUUCAUAAAUUCACUGCUCCGUAUCACCCACAGUCGAACGGGCAAGCAGAACGUUUCGUAGAUACUUUGAAAAGAGCUUUGAAGAAAUUAGAGGGCGCAGGAACGACGAAACAAAUCUUGCAAACAUUUUUAAAAACCAAUCGAGUUACGCCAAAUCGAAGUGCACAAGGCAAAUCGCCAGCUGAUUUGUUCGUGGGGAGAAGGCUAAGGACGGAGUUGGACCUCCUUAAGAUUUCUAAGCCACAUAGCAAUCAACGUAACGAGCGUAUGGAACAACAAUUUAAUAGACAAAAUCAUGCCCAGGAACGAAGUUAUAAAAUCGGUGAUCCUGUAUACGCGAAACUGUAUAAGCUGAAUGAAUCCUUUUGGGCACCUGGAAUAAUAACAAAGAUUCUUGGCAAAGUAAAUUGCGAAGUAAGAAUUGAAAACUCCAACAUUUUUAAGGCAGUGAAAUCACACGCGAACCAACUACGUUCAAGAUUCGUCGAAGCUCCACAGAAGGCGUUGGAUAUUUCAUUCGAUUAUUUCGAUCUGUCACCGUCAUCAGUCUCUGACGCUAGCAACUCACGCGCUUGUAUUGCAGAGCCAGAUCUCGCUACUUCACAGGAAUCGGCUUCAAGUGAUACGAGUCAGCAGACUACACCAUGCACGAAUAUGGCAGAUCCUCCGAACCAAUUACUACCAGAGGCUAGUACCGAUGCUCCGAAUGACAACCGCGAACCGGUAACAGAGCAAACCGAGGUUCAUCCAGAGCUAAGACGUUCAUCUAGGCGUAAAAGACCUCCUGCAUGGAUUCCAGAUUACCAUCUUUUUAAAAGAAGGAAGGAUGUUGGCAACCCACAAGUGUAG